UUCUUUAUUUAAUCUGCACUGCGCAUGAACAAACAGAGAGGCGCUUGCAUUUUAUGGAGAAAUUCAUGAAUGAACAUAGCAUAAGUAUCCAUUGCCAACACUAUAAACAUUGCAAAAAGCAAUUAUUAAAUGUCAUUCCUUCUCAUUCUCUCUUGAAAUUCAGCCUAAAAGCCGGCAAAACAUUACAAAUUACUUUGGUAUGCCGCCAUUUUUGGGGAGCAGAAUCCGACGUCGUUACGCCAAAGCAUUAAUUUAGCGUUUCAUCCUUUUUUCAUCAGUAUUUUGUUUCGCUUUGCCUUUUCCGGGAUUUUCUUCUAUCGACCUGCGUGAAGUUAAAAUGAAAAUAAGAAAAAAAAAACAAUUGAGAUAUUUUCUAUAUAUGCCUUCAACACGGACAAUUUGACAUUUGUACUGUUAAGGUGAACAAGGAAUUUGGGUAGAAAUUUUUUUUUUAAACCAUUAUUGUGCAAAAAUGUAGUUCUCGGUAUACUUUAAUUAAUUCUGUGAAAAAUGUUUAUUAAUUGGUUUAACAAUUUAAGUCAUCGCACUUUAGCGAUUACAAUUUUAAUUUGCAUAUCCUUGAUAUACGUGUCCUAUACAUUUAACUCAUGUCUCCUGACCAGCAUAAAUCGUACUUUUCAAAAGAGUCCUUUGCGUAACUUCCUUUUAUCGUCAAACGUGCUACCAUCCACAGAGCAACUGACUACAUCCGUACCAAAUCUAAUUGUGAAUAAUACUAGCCAAAUACAUAUAUCUUUAUCUUUAUUACGAAAAACUUUAAAUACUACAACCACCUAUGUUUCGGAUGGUGCACCGAAAUAUCGCCUUUUACGUCAGCAAGGACUGAGGCCAUCUCGCCAUCUACCAGAUACUUUAAUUAUUGGUGUAAAGAAAAGCGGUACCCGUGCUUUACUGGAGUUUAUAAGACUACAUCCUGAUGUACGUGCUGCUGGUUGUGAAGUACAUUUUUUUGAUCGACAUUAUCAGCGUGGCUUCAAUUGGUAUCGUCGAUAUAUGCCAUACACCAUUGAAGGACAAAUAACGAUGGAAAAAACACCCAGUUAUUUUGUAACUAAAGAAGUGCCACAUCGUGUACAUCAUAUGAAUCCUAAAACAAAAUUACUUGUGGUUGUACGAGAUCCAGUAACCAGAGCCAUCUCCGACUACACGCAAGCGGCAAGUAAAAAGUCAGAUAUGAAACGUUUUGAAGACUUGGCCUUUGUGAAUGGAACCUAUUCAGUUGUGGAUACAACUUGGGGACCAGUUAAAAUAGGCGUAUAUGCACGGUAUCUGGAAAAAUGGUUACAAUUUUUUCCACUAACGCAAUUACUCUUCAUAAGUGGUGAACGUUUGAUAACCGAUCCUGCAUACGAAAUCGGUCGUGUACAAGAUUUUCUCGGUCUUAAACGUAUUGUAACUGAGAAGCAUUUUUACUUUAAUGCUACAAAAGGCUUUCCUUGUCUACUUAAAUCCGAAGCACGUUCUACACCGCACUGUCUUGGCAAGACAAAAGGACGCAAUCACCCACAUAUCGAUGCUGCAGCUAUCGAAAGACUCAGAGAGUUUUAUAGACCGUUUAAUAAUAAAUUUUAUCAAAUGACAGGCAUAAACUUCGCUUGGCCAUAAAAACUUCAUUAUGAAAUUUUGAAAACGAAUCAUGGUUGUAGAUCAAAUAAAUACUCGUUAUUGAAUUAGUUUAGUUGAAGAAUUUGGAAUUGUUAAAUUAACGAUAAAAAUUUACUAGUUAAUUGAAAAUUAGUUACUUGUGCUGUAUUAGUAAAGUACUUAGGACGAAAUGUCUCUCAUAAGUAUAUAUCACAAUGGAGCCAAUUUUUUGGGGUCUAAACGAGCCCAGGGGCUGGCACUUGCAGCCUUCAUACUUGUAUUCCUACAUAUACUUAUAUACAUGGUGUUGGCAUCUAUUGCAGAAGUAACGAUUAAUCAGAGAGAUAAAAAAAUUUAAGCAAUAAAUAGACUUGCAAUUUGAAUAGUAGACUUAUAAUUGGUAAAAAAAAUCUUAGCUUUAUAUUUAUGAAAGUGGUUCCUUCUUGUGCUGCAUUGUUAAGUCAAUAAUGGCAAAUUAGUAUAUAAAAAAAAUUAUC